CGCGAUUGUCACUCGAGCCCGAACGUUCUAGUAGAUUCAGUUCGGGUCCGCCAGGAGCCUGAUAGUUUAUUAUUAAUCGACAGCGACUGUUGCGAUAAGGAAAAAUGAGCCAAAACGACUUGUUUCAAAUAAAAACAAACGAAACCGUCGGUAGGUAUGCCGUGGCGAGUCAGGCGCUCAAAGCAGGCGACGUUAUUUUUUCAGAAAUUCCUUUCGCUUACGGCCCGAAAUCUGACAGUCCGUGCUUGUGUUUGGGCUGUCAUAGUCCCGUGGAAUGCUCUUACUUAUGCUCGAAAUGCUCGUGGCCCGUCUGCGGACCAGAUUGUGAAUCCCUCCAGGUCCACAAGGACAAUGAAUGCCAAGUCUUUUCAAGCUCCGGGGCAAAAUUCCAACCUGUGCCCGACCCAACCGAACUUUGUCUACAAUAUGAAUGCGUGACGCCGCUGAGGGUACUGUUAGCGAAAGAGAGAGACCCCAAACGAUGGGACGAAGAGGUAGCGAAUAUGGAGGCUCACAAUGACAAACGCAGAUCAAAGCCGAUUUGGGAGUACAAUCAGCACAACAUCGUCGAGUACCUUCGCGGUCCUUGCAAGCUGAGCAGGUUCCCUGAAGAGUUGGUACACACGGUAUGCGGGAUACUAGAAAUAAACGCGUUCGAAGCUAGGACUCCGAGCUGCUAUAUGAUCAGAUGUCUCUUUCCGAAACUCGCCAUAUUGUCGCAUAACUGCGUUUCGAACAUUCACCACGCAGUCGACUGUCAGGCCAACGGAGAAAUUGGAGACUGUCGCGUUACAGUCCGGGCAGCAAUAGACAUUCCGAAAGACGGCGAACUGUUCAGCAGCUACACAUAUUCUCUAUGGCCCACGCUGAUCCGCAGGGAAUUUCUACGAGAGAGCAAAUUCUUCGAAUGCACCUGCCCGCGGUGCUCUGACAAAACCGAACUGGGCACCCACAUGAGCAGCCUCAAGUGUCAGAAAUGCGACAACGGCGUCAUCCUAUCCGUCAAUCCCCUCGAGGACGUCGGCGAAUGGGCAUGUACCCACUGUGAUUAUAAAACGCACGGUGGCGCCAUCAGGCGAGUUUUCGCCGCGAUCCAGAACGAUCUAGACCAACUAGAGUACGUGUGCGGCGCGGAAGGGAUUCAAAGCAGGGAAAACGUCUACAAGAAGUAUAAGUCCGUUCUCCACCCCAAGAACGCAUACCUGACCAUGCUGCGGAGUGCUCUCAGUCAACUGUACGGUAAAGCCGAAGGCUACACGUUGGAAGAUUUACCGGACGUCGUUUUAGAGAGAAAGCUCGAGAUGUGCGUCCAGUUAUUAGAAGUUUUAGACGUCAUCGAGCCCGGACUGUCUAGAAUUCGAGGAAUCACGCUGUACGAAUUGCAUGCACCGAUGAUGGUGCUGGCAAGACACCAGUACCAAUACGAUGCGAUAACUAAAGAGGAAUUUAGGGAACAACUAAAGAAAUCGCUCGAGACUCUAGGAAAGGCGGUGGAAAUUCUGAUUAAAGAGCCGCUGAGCCAACCGGAGGGCCAAUUGGGCCAGACGGCCAAAAUGUCGUACGAUCACCUAUUGGAAAACUUUGACGUACUUAUCGAGACCGCUUAGAACACUGCCCUUCGUUUAGUGUUAUGUAAAUACUGUAAAUAAAAUCCCCAGUAAGCUUAAAAAAA